AUGGUUGUUCCUGUGGUGGUCAUCCCGUGGCUCUUAGGGGCCUCUGGAUGUCCUGAGUAUCGGAUUUUCUCCAUGUCUGCCUCAGGUUCCAGUGAAUCAGAACCUGACAUUACUGCAGUCACUCAAGACUCUUUAUCUGAUGCAGUUCAUGAAGGGGAUUCUGUGAGUCUGCAUUGUUCAGUUCUCUCUCACUUAGAAAAGAAAACAUGUCCAGAGGAACGCAAGGUGUUCUGGUUCCAAGUCUCUUCACCACAAUCACAUCCCAGUAUAAUUUACGCUCAAAAUGAGGGUGAUGGUAAAUGUGAAGAAAAUCCCGAGUCUCAGUCUGGACAGCGUUGCGUCUUUAACUUUGUGAAAGACAGCAUCAGCUCCUCUGACACUGGAACCUAUUACUGUGCUCUGGCUGCAUGUGGGAUGGUAGUUUUUGGAAAUGGCACAAAACUGGAGUUUAAAGAUGUCAGCAUAAAUAAUUCACAGAGGAACAACACUCUCCUUCUUCUGCUAUGUGGAAUCUUGGUUUUGAUGCUGAUUGCUACGGCUCUACUUGUCUAUUUGAUUAGGAAAAAAUGUUGUCACUUUUCCAAAGGUCCUGAGUUUCCAGGCAAAAAUGAAUGUAGUAGUUUGUGGGCAAUUGCAAAAUCAGCAAAGAAAUGAAGAAUCUCUAGUUUAUUCUACAGCAGUUUUUACCCAGAGAAACGAUGAUCGAGUGGGCAGAGUUAAGGCAAGAAGAAAAGAAGGUACCAUCUACAAUGAUGUCAGGAUCUUUGAUAAAGAAUAAAAUCAUAAAGCAUUUGAUUCAAGGAUCCUUUUAGACUAUUUUUUAAUUUUUUUGCUUGGCAUGCCAAAAAACUUUGCAGUCUCUUGCAUUUAACAGUAUUUAUUAAGCUAAUUAUAUUAGCUUAAUAAAUACUUUCACCAGGUUAAAGAACUUUUCAUGUGUAUUCAAUUUUAUUGUGUUUCAUUUAAAAGCUGUGUAUCAUUUUUGGGUUGCGUUAAAAGUUAAAGUGACUGAUGUUUAUUUGCCCAAAAUAUGUUUAAAACAAUAGUGCAGCUUCAUGUUUUUCUGUACUUUUUUGUUUCUUUAGUAAUGCAACGUAUGUUCAUCACUGUAUGAUGAAUUGUGUAUGUAUGGAAUGUUUUCAAGAGAGUAAAAGUUGUAAGUGUGAGAAAUUCUGCUGUAAGUUAUGCAGCAGAAUUAUAACUCACAGCAAAAAUUUUUAAAAAUAUCACUAUAACAACCCACUUUUCAUAAAAUGUAUAAAUACACAAACCCUGUAAAUUCUAGACACUAAUAGGUACCAUAGAAUUGCACAAAAAUCCGUGAGGGACGGUAGAGUCCUUGCUCGAAAUUCUGUGAAAGAGGUGUACGGAGCCUUGUGCCAGAAGCCCAUUAAAAUGCUGUUUACAUCGUUUUAAACUGUGUGAUUGUGAGCGUGAGUGGGAAUAAAAAUAGCAAUAAGUAUUUUGUUACAUAUAACACAGUCGGAGUGUAACAGGUAAACCUUUUAUAGAUGGAAACUCGACUAAAAACCCACCUGUUUGGAAUUGUAUUUGAAACUUCAA